AUGUCUACUGAAACCGCUCCUGCUGCUGCUCCUGCCGCUCCUGUCACUACUGACGUUGUUGAAAACGUUAAAUCAUCCGUUGAAGAAAUUCAAAAAGAUAGUGAAACUGCUGCUCAAGAUGGUUUUAAUAAGGUCACUGAACAAGUAGAAAAGGAAAAGAAAGAAAUUGAACCUAAAAAAAAAGUGGUCAAAGCUAAAAAAGAUGAAAUUGAAGCAAAAACUGAAUCUGCAGCUAAAUCCGGUAAUAGUUUGUUAUCCUCUUUCACCAAUCCUUGCAAAAAGGUUUGGUUAAAGACUAAAAAAUUAUUGAGCUGA